GAUCUGUCUCAUAACAACAUCAGUGAAUUGCAUGUCAGCACAUUUCAAACGCUCACUGAAUUGAAAGAAUUACAUUUAUCUCACAACGAAAUACGAGAAAUCCCAUCAUUUUUCCUGCAUAAAACGAAGAAACUAACCGAUGUGAAUUUGUCCUUCAACAAAAUAGCAACGAUUGAUUAUUUCGCUUUUUCUGGCACUACAGAUGUAAGAAAAUUAAAUUUGACACACAAUCAACUUGCAACAUUGAAUCGGAAAAUGAUCGAAACACUUUCAAAUCUAACGCACUUUGAUAUUUCAUUUAACCGAAUCACGGCACUGAAACCGGACAAUAUGAAAAUUUUGCAGCAUUUAGUGUAUUUCGAUGUGUCGGGCAAUUCACUAAAAAAAUUGGAUAACAAAACAUUUGCAGGUCUUGUGAAACUUGAGCAAUUGUUUUUGUCCCAUUGUAACUUAUCGGUGAUAGUUCCGGGCACAUUUUCGCCUUUGGUGAAUUUAAAACGAUUGGAUGUGUCGUACAAUCAGUUGAAGACAUUGGAUUCGAAUUGUUUACCAUCAAGUCUUGACCACAUGAAAAUUAUUGGCAUUGACACCAACAAAUUCAAUUGUUCAUUUUAUGAAAAAAAUUUCGAAAUGACUUGAACAUUUAGACAACAUCUCCAUUCGAAUCAAUUGCAGUUCGGAAAAUGAAGAAACAGAUCACACCGAAGCGGUCACCAUUGGAUCAAUUGAAGAGACAUCAAUUAUGAACGUGAUUUUUGAUAAUGCAACUGCGGAUGUAAUUGAAAAGAAAUCAACAACGAAAAAGCGACAAUUAAUCGAAAAUUUGACAACCGAAAAGCCACAGAGAAACGAAGAAAUCGACAAGAAACAUCCGCACUCGUUGGAAUUGACGAAUGAUAAACAAGAUCAUCAUAGUUCAGUCAACACAAGUCAUCUAGCGAACCAUUUAAUUGACAUAAAAAACUACAUGUUUGUGAUUAUGUGUGUAAUCAUUUUCGGAUUUAGUGUCAUUUUUAUCGCGAUUGCAUGGAAAAUCAUUCAAAUACGUUUAAAUAUAUCGCUUGAGCCGGGACAAGUCAUUUACAGACGAAAUGAAAUAAAUUUAC